GGACAACUUUUUAACUUCAUCCACUUCAAUUGCUAGUCAGAGGACAGAAUUAAUUUUCUAUAAUAUUUAAUCAUGGCUUGUAAUAUUUUAAAAUGUGUUGUUCUUUUGCAUAAACUCACUGAAGCUGACAUUAGUAGAGGCUGGUGUGAUGAACCCCAUCUUGCUCAAAAGUCAUCCACGCAAAACCUUGCUAAAAUGUCCAAGCAAAGUCUCACUCAAUUGUCUAAAAAGAGAAUUCAAGCUAAAGCAUCUGCUGAGCGGAGUUUCCGUCAAAUCUCCACUAGAGCAUCUACUGACAAAAGUGUAACUAAAGGGUCUGCUAAGGGAAGCCUCACUCGAGUGUCUACCAGAGGGAGUUUAACUGUUUCAUCUGCUGGACCUAGCUUCUCUCAAGUGUCUGCUAAGCAGAAUUUGUCCCAAGUGUCUGCUAAGAAAAAUCUUCCUCAAGUGUCUGCUAAGAAAAAUCUUCCUCAGGUUUCUGCUAAGAAAAAUCUUCAAGUGUCUGCUAAGAAAAAUCUUUCUCAGGUGUCUGCUAAGAAAAAUCUUCCUCAAGUGUCUGCUAAGAAAAAUCUUUCUCAGGUGUCUGCUAAGAAAAAUCUUCCUCAAGUGUCUGCUAAGAAAAAUCUUUCUCGAGUGUCUGCUAGGAAAAAUCUUUCUCGAGUGUCUGCUAGGAAAAAUCUUUCUCAAGUGUCAGUGGAGCAAAACCUUUCUCAAGUGUCUGUGGAGCAAAAUCUUUCUCAAGUGUCUGUGGAGCAAAAUCUUUCUCAAGUGUCUGUGGAGCAAAAUCUUUCUCAAGUGUCAGUGGAGCAAAAUCUUUCUCAAGUGUCUGCAGAGCAAAACCUCACUAAUUCAUCUGCUGGUGCUGUCAGAGUGAAGUCUGAAGUUAUUGAAGCUGGUGUUCCAUGCCCAGACUUCAAUUUUCCAGUUGAACACAUCAAAGAGGAACUCAAGUUUGAGAUUGAAGAAAGAGUUUUGUUUGAUGAACCAAUGUUUGACGAUGAAUGUCCCAUGUUUGAAGAUGACUUUCAGUUGGACGAUUCAGAGGAACUUCCUGACAUUUGUGGUGAUGGCCAGCAGACCCCACCACCUUCAUCUGAUGUGCCAUGCCAGACCAGACCUCAAGUUGACCAGCAGACCCCACCUCCUUCAUCUGAUGUGCCGUGCCAGACCAGACCUCAAGUUGACCAUCAGACCCCACCUCCUUCAUCUGAUCUGCCGUGCCAGACCAGACCUCAAUUUGAAGCCCAUGAUGCCCAGCCAGACCCUCAAGAGUCUUCUCUUGAGGCUGAAGAAAUGGAUAAAGAGGAUUGUCCGCAAGAACUUCCCAGCCCAAGUUGUGGUGGUCAACCGUCUCCCUCAUCCUGCGUGUCACCUCAAUCUGAGCUUCAGACCGAGGCCUCUGAUGCCCACAACGAAGACCAAGGCUCUAUAACCACAAGUGAUGUAAAUGAAAAGCAGCAGUCCAGCGGUGGUGUGUUGUCUACAGCAGCUGCUAUCAGUGGAGAUAAGCUUGCACCAUCAAGGCCCAAGAAGCGACCCUACAAGAAACGUAAUCGACGUAGUGAGAAGAAAUACUACUGCAAUGAUUGUGAUUAUGUGUGCACAAAGAAAGAUUCUAUUAGGCAUCAUAUUCUGUAUAAACAUACAUCAGAGAGACCAUUUAAGUGUCCCGAGUGUAGUUAUGCUUGUACUAUACAGACAAUUCUAACCCGACAUAUUCGUUUACAACAUUCGUCAGAGAAACCCUUCAAAUGUUCUCAAUGUGAUUAUGCCUGCGUUAGAAAAACUAAGCUCGAUCUGCAUGUCCUUUCUAAACAUUCAAAGGAGAAGCCUAUACAUUGUUCCCAGUGCACAUAUAGAUGUGUUUCACGAGGAAGCUUAUCUCGACAUAUCGCUGCUAAACACUCGCUGCAAGAACCUCUACGUUGCCCUGAGUGCGAAUUUACUUCCUUUAGACCCGAAUGCAUUAAACAGCACAUGCGUUAUAAGCAUUCAACAGAAAGAAAUUUUCGCUGUUCCGAGUGUGAAUAUGCUGGUAUUAAUAAGCGAGCUCUCGAUGGACAUAUUAUUUCUGCACAUGGAGGAGAGACACCAUUUCACUGUCCUCAUUGUAGUUACGGCUGCUUAACAGAGUUUGCUCUAAACAAACAUAUUGCUGUUAGACAUUCUUCAGAGAGGCCCUUUAAAUGUGCUCAGUGUACGUACAGUUGCACUACGCAGGACCGGCUCAGGCUACAUAAGCUUGCAAUGCAUACUUUAGAAAAGCCUUUUAAAUGUCCUCAUUGUGAAUAUGCUUGUGUAAGAGGGUUUGUUUUACGUACACAUAUUCUUGCCAAGCAUUCCACUGAACAACCUUUUCGCUGUUCUCUAUGUGAUUAUUCUGCCUCUAUAAAAUACCAAUUAAAGAUGCACAUUCUUUCUAGACAUACAUCUGAGAAACCUUUUAAAUGCCCAAAGUGUGAGUACAGUUGUAUCAAGGGAUAUAUACUAAAAUCACAUAUGCUGGGUAAACAUUCUUCUGUAAGAAAUUUCCAGUGCACCGAGUGCACAUAUGCUUUCGUAUCUAAAAGUAAGCUGAAGCGUCACAUUCUCGCUAGGCAUACGCCUAAGGAACCUUUAAAGUGUUCCGAGUGCGAAUUUUCUUCCCUCAAAGAAGUAUCUCUGAAACAGCAUAUUAAAUAUAAACAUUCAGCAAAGAAAACACCUAAUCGCUCUCGGAGUGGAAAUUCUUCCGUCACACAAUGUAAUCUUGAUCGCAAUAUUGUUACUAAGCAUCCAGCAGAGGAAGCUGCCACUACUGAGUCUGAGCAAGCUUGAAUGUUGAGGUUGGUUUCUUUAUUCUUUAUUCACAAAGGAGUACACAAAAAAUAUAACUCAGUACU